AUGUUUUUAUUAAAACCUUUAGAACUUUUACAAUCACAAAUCACAUUAUCAAUUUUUGAUUCGGUUUUUGCCUUGGCUGUCGUUGGUCCAGCAACAGUUGGAUAUUGGCGAGGAGGAUGGAAUCUUAUGGAGAUUUAUUUAUUUCCAGAAGAACAUUUGAAGAGUAGUUUAAUUUCUUUAGGAGUAGGGUUUGUAGGCAUGCUGUUAAUGUGCCUUGGUCAAGGACCGAUUAAAAGAUUUAUGAAAGGAAAAUCUAAAGUCUGCUUCAUAUUAGUCUCCACCCUUUACACAGAAAUUUAUGGAUUAUUUUGUAUAAAUUCUUGGCGAGGUGCUUGGUUAUUUGGUGAUCUUUUUGCGAAACUACCAAUUGAAGCUGUUGCUGCAAUAACUUUUUUGGCAAUUAUAAUUUUGGCUAGUAUAAAGGCUCUGAGAAAUACUUCAGCGCCUCCCUGUGCCAUAGUUGUUGGGAAUACAGAAGAUUAUUUUGACACGCCAACGUAUUUUAAUCAAAUAAUAAUUGGUUAUUCAGUGACGAUAAUUACAUACAGUUUGGAACCUUUGGUACAUUUUGCUAAUGAACGUCUACAAGGCAUUUGGAAAUACAUAGUUCUUGAUAUAUAUGCAGUUCUAAUCGUAUUUGGAGCACUCAACGUUUGGAGAAAUUAUCCACUAUUAGGUAAUUGGCUAUCACACGUGGUAAGUUUAGCAUUAUUAAUGUUGCUAAAUUGUGGAAAUUCUGUUUUGGUGAGAGGUGUUUGUAAAGAUGCCGAUCCAGGUACUUCCGAUAAGCUUGUAGUGAUGCCAACUCAUUAUUUACGAAUAUAUUUUAAAAAUGAAGAUUUUCAAAAAACAAAUGAAACUAAAAGUGGUGAAAGUUGA